CAAUACCUCAUUUUCCCGUCGCGCGUCGCCAAACAAUUGAUCGAAUUAAUAUUAUUCACUUUGUGCCGUUUAGAAUUGUCUCCGACACUUUUCGACUUUUGUUGACUUUUGUUCAUUCUUGCAUUUUUUUCUUAGCAGAUGACUGGUCGUUGAUUUUUUUUAUCCGUGAAUACAGUAAGUAAAUACUAUAACUUACAAAAUGGCCGUCAGACGUACAGGACUUCUGACCGAAGAUUUAUCGCACGUCGAGUUCGAAACCAGCGAAGAUGUCGAAGUACUCACGACGUUCGAUAAUAUGAAGCUUCGGGAAGACUUGGUUCGUGGGAUAUACUCGUACGGUUUUGAACGUCCAUCAGCUAUCCAACAAAGAGCCAUUAAGCCAAUGAUCAAGGGGCGCGAUGUCAUUGCUCAGGCUCAGUCAGGAACUGGUAAAACGGCUACAUUUUCUAUUGCGAUGUUACAAUCUAUAGACAGCCAGUUGAGAGACACUCAAGUGCUAUGUUUGUCACCAACCCGAGAGCUUGCUGUACAAAUCCAAAAGGUUGUUCUAGCAUUGGGCGAUUAUCUUAAUGUUCAAUGCCAUGCUUGCAUUGGUGGUACUAACCUUGGAGAAGACUUAAGGAAAUUGGACUUUGGGCAACAUAUUGUUUCUGGUACUCCUGGACGUGUGUUUGAUAUGAUUAGACGCAAAGCAUUGCGUACUCGCAAUAUUAAGACAUUGGUGUUGGACGAAGCUGAUGAAAUGUUAAAUAAAGGAUUCAAAGAACAAAUAUAUGACGUUUAUCGUUUCUUGCCACCUGCUACUCAAGUUAUUCUAAUAUCAGCCACUUUACCGCAUGAAAUAUUAGAAAUGACAAACAAAUUUAUGACUGAUCCAAUAAGAAUCUUAGUAAAACGUGAUGAAUUGACACUUGAGGGAAUUAAACAGUUCUUUGUAGCUGUCGAACGGGAAGAAUGGAAAUUCGACACUUUGUGUGACUUGUAUGAUACACUUACUAUAACUCAAGCCGUUAUUUUCUGCAGUACUAAGAGGAAGGUGGACUGGUUGACAGAAAAAAUGAGGGAGUCAAAUUUCACAGUAAGUUCGAUGCACGGAGAUAUGCCACAAAAAGAAAGAGAUGCUAUAAUGAAAGAAUUUCGUGCUGGACAAACGAGAGUUUUGAUUACAACCGAUAUUUGGGCUCGCGGAAUUGACGUACAACAGGUUUCUUUGGUUAUAAAUUAUGAUUUGCCAAACAACCGUGAAUUGUAUAUACACAGGAUUGGCCGUUCUGGAAGAUUUGGUCGCAAAGGUGUUGCAAUAAAUUUUGUUAAAAGUGAUGACAUAAGGAUCUUGCGUGAUAUUGAACAAUAUUACUCCACACAAAUUGAUGAAAUGCCCAUGAAUGUUGCUGAUUUGAUAUGAAGACAUGGAAAACAAUUAUCAUUAGAACUUUUUCAAUAACAUUUCAACUUUUAUUAUAUUAUAAUUAAAUAUUCACUAAAGAAGAAGAUUUUGUAUUUUAAUUUUUAGAACUUAUAUUAUGAUAUUUACCAAUUAUAUUCCUAAUGUAAAUUUUUCAUAAUUAUGAUUUGCAAUGUAACACAUAAUUAAUUUUUCAUUAUUAAAAUUAUUACGGAAUAAAAAUCUUUUAACUGAAAUUAAAAAGAAUACUAUUGUUAAAUAUAAUAUUUUCUAUUUAAGUAAUAAGUUAAAAUCAAUUAUAAUAUUGAAUGAGAUAGUAAAGGAGUGAAAUCAUACAAUGCAAGUCUGAACA